CGCUAACCACUGCACCACCGCUCCCCACAGCACACACACACACACCGGACACACACACAGAGCACACACACAAAGGACACACACACACCGGACACACACACACAGAGCACACACACACGGGACACGCAUCCCUCUUUCAUCAGCGCACACACACGCACAGUGCUCAUAUGCACACAGAGCACACACACACAAUCACACAGCACAAACACACAGAGCGCAUACAACACACACACAGAGCACACGCAGCGCGCAUACACACACACAGAGCGCGCAUACACACACAGAGCGCACCAACACAAUCACACAGAGCGCGCAUACACACACAGAGAGCACAGGGCGCACACACACAGCGCACAUAAACACACAGCGCACACACACACAGCGCACACACACACAGCGCACACACACACACCGCCUCUGCUCCUCCCCUCCGCACUGUGUGUGGUUUCCGUGCUGCCGCAGUGCUGCUUCUGCUGCCCGCCCCCCCCCCCCACAGCGGCGCCCAGCGCAGCCUGCCGGCAAGGCGCACGCACGGGUCGUGUGCACGCAGCACGCAGCGCGGCGCGGCGCACAGCACUUUGCGGGAUUGCCACACGGUCAAUACGACCAACAACACACGUAGCGCGAGCCUGGCUGCUCGCGCGUGACACACGCACAGCGGUCUCUUGCGUUGCUGGAGCGGCCAGGCGCGCUCGGAUGUCCGGACCGAGUGGCGCUGAUUGCGACCUUGGUCUGAACGUCGGGCGUACGGCGGUGGGUGGGUUGUGUGUGCGAGCGUGGUAUGUUUACUCUCGUACGUGCGGGUAUCUGCUUGAAUAAUUCACGAAUUGAUAGCUCGCGGUCUGCAUUGUGCGCGGUCGUCAGCGGGCGCUCUCUGCUGACAAUUUGAUCUUUACUGCUGCGCUAUCAAGGGGUGAGUAGCUACAUCAUUGAACAUUAUAUUACGUGUGCCGGUGUAUAUAUAGAGAGAGCACUAUAUUUAAAACCGACACCGAUAAAGUAUAAUGGUAUGUGUAGCUUGCAAAUCGCGCGAGGCGGAUUGCAUGUGUGAUGGUGUGGGCUUGCCGAGCCAUUUGAAGGCGUUGUAGGUAGGGGCCCAUCCACACACCCAGAUUACACGGUGUGUUAUCAUCUCGGUACAAGUGUCACCCCGUCAAAUUAUCGAACAGCAGCAGGCGACGUUCUUGUACAUUAGUUGUAUUACUGUGCGCAUUGAUAAUUGCAUGUAAACCCGUGUAGCGAAUCGCAGUGCAGUGUUACUAUACGAAUUGUCAAUACACAAGACGGUCUCAUUUGAAUUUGUUCGAGAAUUUGAGCAGCGAAUUGGACACGAUUUAGCAUUGUAUUAUGUAUAUAUGUCGUCUGCAUAGAGCACGCGAUUAACUUAUAAUAGUUCAUUGUCAUUGGGACCCCACUGCCAUCGCUUGGCUUAGCGUCGUGAUGAUUGUGUUGAGGUGUAGGCAGUAGAUCGGCUCAGUGGCUCAUUCAGCCAGACGACAGCCCUCUCACAUCCAGACGAUCGCCCUCGCCACCAUGGGGCUGUGCUCUCUCUGCGGCCGCGCCGUCCGCUUUAUCCUCCUGCGGCCCGCGUCUCUGCUUCUCGCCUGCCUCUGCCUGGCCUUCUGGUCCUACCUCGGAUCUCCGGGGACCCGGGUUCGAACCCUGGUCUCUGCCGGGAGCGGCACGGCUGGGCGUGGCGCUGCUCGAUUCUUGGGUGGGGGAGAACUGCCUGGUGCCAGGGCCGGUGCUGGCGGUGCUGCUGCUGCUGACGGUGGUGGUGGUGACAUCUCAGACGCUGCCGAUGACAUGGAAGGGCCGGGAGGCUACAUGGCUCAGGCUGGCCGCCCAGGGAUGAUGCCUGGCGGAGGGCCUGAGUUUGUGGAGGUGGCGAAAUGGAACAGCAAAGCGGCCUCCGCAUUUGCUCUAAGGGGACUUGGUCGAAGGGCUGCUGCUGCUGGUGGUGGUGAUCGAGGACCUUCAGACCCUAAAAUGCGCGCGCUUGAAGAUUGGGACAACCGCACUCACCCUGGAAUAUUUUGCAUCUUUGACACCCACGGAGGAGAGUUCGCCGCAGACUUCUCUCUCAAGCGGCUGACCCAAGGCCUCCGCCGACGGCUGCUGGAGGAGAGGGUCGGCACCGCGCCGCCGGCCGCCCCCCGGGCUCCUCCGAGGGCCCCGCCCCCCCCUCCGUCUUCGACGUCGUCGUCGCUCUCGUCGCUCUCGUCGGCCCCGGCGGCCCCAGCGGCGGCGGCGCCGUCCAACGGAGGAGGGACCUCGCCCGCGGCGGCCCUCGCGGCCGGCGGGACGUCGGCGAGGGCCCCGGGCGGCGACGGCGACCGCCGCCGCCGCCGUGGCGCGAAGGCCCGGGCGGUGGGGCGCCCCGCGCGGGAGCUCGCGGCGUCCCGCGUGCGCGAGCUGGCGCUGGAGGAGGUCCUCGCCACGGAGACGGAGCUGCUGGCGCACCAGGCGGCGAGCCAGGACGAGUCCGGGACGUCGCUGCUGCUCGCCGUGGUGGGCGAGCGCGGCCUCACCGUGCUGAGCGUGGGCGACUCCCAGGCCGUGCUGUGCGACCGCGACGGGCCCGCGCGACCCCUGACCCGCCCGCACAAGCCCUACCUGCAGGCCGAGCGCAGGCGCAUCAAGCGCGCAGGCGGGUACAUCAGCUUCAGCGACCGAGCGUGGCGCGUGCAGGGUGUCCUCACGGCCUCGCGCUCGCUGGGCGACCCGGGCCUCAAGGCCUCGCGGGUCGUCAUCGCCGAGCCCGACGUCGUCACCCGAGAGACGAACCCCGACCCCGUCGAGUCCGCGACCGGCGUCUCCGCCGGCGGCGCGGAUGCCGGCGGAGACGGAGGAGCUCGCGCCGCCGGGUCCCCGGGCCUCCUCGGGGAACCCGGCGGCUUCCUGCUGCUCGGCUCCAACGAGCUGUGGAGCGGCGUCUCCCCGGACGAGGCGUGCGCCCUCGUGAGCGAGCGGCUGCUCGACCCGGGCAUGGGGGCGCGGGAGCUGGCGCUGCGGGCGUUCCACCGCAGGGGUGGCCCCGACGCGCCCAUCGCCGUCAUGGUCGUCAAACCGCCCCUCGGGGCCCACUGAGGACCCCCCCCCACCACCCCCCCGCUCAAUGCGUGCGUGUGCGUGUGUGCGUAGGCGCUGGCUAACGACGCUUGCCCCAACGGUCUGUUGAGGCUACGACGGAGAUCUUUGUCUUUGUGCGCACGGUGGCGUAGCGUCCAGCACGCUGCGCUACGAACCCGGCAAUCUGUGUUCGAUUUUCUGGCCCACGAACGGUUCUGUGAAAUCAGUGAUAUCCUCGGCGAUCUGCCCUAGGUCGACUCAGCCUAAAAUGUAUUCUUGCUGCAGUCUGUAAAUGUCAGCACUAGGCAGACUAAGGUGGCCGGGCGUGGUGCUACCCUUUCGGGCGUUGUGCCAGCCUUAGCACGUGCUCCCUAACAACAUUUGCCCAACAGCUUGUAAAAGCCUCUGCGGGGGAUCUUUAUCUGUGUGUUUGUUGGCACUGCAGGGAGUGUGGGUAGGCCAUGUGACAGUCACCGUGUUGUCUUAACCCAACUACAGUCCCUGCGACCCACCAUGAUAUGCGUUUCCACGUUUACCAGUCUUCUCUCAUCACACAUCUACGAAUAGCCAAUAAUGCUUCAUUACGUCCCACGUGACGUCCAGAGUGCUGAUUCUAGUUACAGCUCCUGUGUAGACUGUGUGGGGGAGCGGUGAUGCAGUGGUUAGCGCUACGCUGCGCUACGAAUGCGGCGACCCAAGUUCAAUUCCCGGUCACGGCCAACAACAGUGACGAUUAUUUUAACCGGUCUUGGACUUAUCCCUUGGUCGACUCAGCCUCAAAUAAGUACCUGGUGACGUGUAAACAUCCCCACUAAGGAGACAAAGGCGGCCGGGCGUGGUGCUGGCUACCCACCCUCUCCAUGUGCCAUUCCGGCCAACCGUCUGUUCAGGAUCCGCUCACCGUCGUCGAGAGAGAAUGACUCGAGUGGGAGGAGCCGCAGACGAGCAGGAAGGCAGCCAUGCAAUAAGUCGGUGCCAACAACUGCCCAAGCUCUGCGAUCCUCUAUAUGAACGUAUUGGCGGUACACCGGUGAUGCGCGGUAUAAAACAAAACAAAAAGCAGAUUUUUCGCAAGCAUUAUUUAUUGUCCAGCGAUUUUCAACCCCGGUCAGAAAAUCUUGCGCUGUGGUAGUGGUGGUGCGUCAAAAUCAGUUCUCGUGAUGUCGAAGCAGUCGGAAGACGAAUGUCAGUUACAAUUUAGAUUUGAGAACUGUCGUUCUGAGGACCCCGGUGUGUUAUGCUGCACCGGUGUGCACAGGCCAAUACGUUCAAUGAGUGAGUGCUCGAGGAGCAACCGUGCAUGUGUGUGGUCACACCGCAGCUGGCAGAAGGGCCCCCACUCAAGCGACUUGUACUUCCAUUCAAAUAGUUGAACCUGUAAAAGUGGAUAAUGAUGAGUGACAAAGACUGACGUUUGGAAAUCGCUGGGUUAACCCAUUACAGUCCUCCUCUUGUGAUAUUUACCGCCACUCUAAGUGCGCCGAGCCUGUGGGACAAAUGCUGCGGUGACGUCCCUGCCAAGUCUGCCUCGAUGUCCUGUUGGUGUCACAAACACAGUGGCGACAGUAUUCCCACCCCUCCGCUGGAAUCAUCUUCCCUUGUACAUCACGCAGCAGUCACCCUCCUGCACCUCCUCCCCUUCAUCUCUUAACGCCUCAACCUCUUCAAGCCUCACCUCUUAAAGCUUCACCUCUUAAAGCCUCACCACUUCCCUACCGCCCGAUCUCUUCCCUCCGCCUUGCCCAUUCCACUCCUUCCCGUUCCUCUCCCCCCUCUCCUGAGCCCCAAGUGCCCCUUCCAUCGCGGUCGCCCAUUCCUCAAUCGUCAAUCAUUUUACCCUGUCACCGUGUUGCAAGCGAUGUCAAGCGCCUUGACUUGAAGGUGCCCGAUGGACACGACUACGUUCGAUUAGAUGACCCGGCCGCGUAGAACGUUGAGGCCCGUGUCCACACGAGUUUAAGAUUUCUGCCCGGCCGGAAACCUCACCUAGCCUCAGGUGAGGCGAGUAGCGAGAUCGUCCGCGGGAGAAACCGCCUGGAUCUGUAGCUGACUCGAGCUGUGUCGAGAGACAUCGACACGGAGUGGGGGGGGGGGGGCUGGGUAGGGUGGCGGAGGGGUAGCACACUCGAGUUGGCCUGCGUACUCAAGUUCUGUGGCCUCAUGGCUACUUUGUAGUCGUGGUGGAUGGCGGUUGUUAUUUGUCGUCGUUGCUGCUGUUUGCGUGUUGUGCCGGUGCAUUAUUAUUUGUCCGUGUUCAAGUUGACGGUUCGCAGUGGAGUGUCCGCAGUGAUUCGGAAGUAGCUGCCGCGUCUGGCGGCGUUGUGGCACGAAGCACAACUCCCAAGUCGGACGGCUCGCGAGCUCCAAUCCCCGUCGGGGUCAGGUCGGGGUCAAGUCGGUCCAUCGCCCCUCUGACGUUUCGUGAAAAGCCGUAAUCUAGCCCCCGUCAUGGGAAUGUGGAAUAUCCACCACCGGCUCAGAUCAAACAACAUAAACGAGUCCUGCCACCGCAGCGUUCAUCCGAGCAAUGAAACCCCUUUUUGACAUUUUGUGACCGAUGAGCAUUCGACGUCACUGCGCCGCUCCGUAAUUUGGUUCACGGUUGUCCUGUGGAGCGCCCCGAUCUGUCCCCCCCCUCCCCCCGUCGUUUGGCACGACGUCCGACGUUUCAGCUGCCCGUGCUCGGAGCCUCUCCAGGAAUACGCCGGGAGCUUUCUUUGGUUCGGGCACACGGAAACGAAACGUCGGAUAUUGUUUGCCGCAGCAGCAGCACGUGGUACCGUACAACCCAACGGCUCGCUGGAGGGUCGGCCGUAGUUUUACAGUAACGACGUCGCUAUUUUUAGACGCGGUCAGCUUUUGUAAAUGUCUAAACAUGCAUUUCCGUAUAAGUUUUAUUUAGUUAUGUUUCUUUUCAAAUGUAACUUUUCUUCCUUGUGGAAGGUCCAUUGAACAAAAAAGUAACUCACACGAUGUACACAGAUGGGUGCUUUCCAUUGCACCGGUUGAGUACUUUAUCAAGUUUACACAUUCCAUUGUAUACGCUUGUUCAUUAUCCGGCAUGCACGAGAUGCAUGGACAUCACUCCCACAAUACACUCGCUCGCAAAGCCCUUCACUUUAUUGUAAACAUUACUUUUAUUUAUUCCGUAAAAAAAAACUCUUAAUUUUCCUAGAAUUGCGAUUGCGGAUUAUAGCUGCUCCAACUUUACUUAAUUUCCAUUCGUGUUGAUUAAUAUCCGUGAGUGAGUUCACUGGACUGUAUUAUUAUGCCAAAAAAAUUUCACGGCAAGGUUGUAUAAGAAUAUUAGUUCUCUGUGGUUUUUUUGAAAGACCGUUAAUAUUACGAUUAAGUUGAAUUGUGUUGGGUUUGUUGACAUUUUAACACGGAGGCUUUCGCGACCAAUAUCAUCCAUAAUCGAGGUGCGGAGCGGUGGUGUAGCGGUUAGCGCACUGCGCUAUGAACCCGGCGACCCGACAUCGAUUCCCGCUCACGGCCAAAACCAGUGACGAUUAUCUGAACCGGUCCUGGGUCUCCUCCAGGUCGACUCAGCCUCAAAUGAGUAUCUGGUGUGGUGUGUAAACAUUAUCAAUGGGGAGACAAAGGCGGCCGGAUGUGGUGUUGUCCACCCACCCCCUCGUGUGCCAUGCCGGCCUUCAUAGGUGCUCGCUAACAGCACUUCCUCUCCAAAAAAACUGUUACAGGCUAUACGGGGGAUCUUUGUCUUGUUCACUUGUGUACUUGUCAUUUACCUGUACAUAGAGAGAGAGCGAGUACUGUAUAGAGAGCUGUGUAGUCCACUCAACGUUGGCUGUGCACACCUUUGCGACUAUGUGCGACGUUACUGUGUGGGGGUGUUUGGGGGUCUUCCUCGCAGCUCCGUGAGGCCUGCCGCCUGCUCCUCCUCGGCGAGCCCACGUGGCAUCAACCAGAGGCGUCGUCCUCUCUCUCUCGCCGUUGUGCAGGGGCUGACGUCACGCAGGUGCUGCCCCCUUCGAUGGUCAUUUAAUUUGAUGAUGCUGAUAAUUGCAGAUCUCCACCUACCAGAAGAUAGAGAAUGGAUAAUGAUGGUGGUGAUGCAUCGACAUGAUGGUACACUGGCAUUGGCAGAUGUGAAUCAGCAGCAGAUGGAAAUAUUCUGCUGAUGGUGAUGGUGCUGAUGAUGAUGAUGGUGAUACAUCGACAUGAUGGUACACUGCCAUUGGCAGAUGUGAAUCAGCAGCAAAUGGAAAUAUUCUGCUGAUGGUGAUGGUGCUGAUGAUGAUGAUGGUGGUGAUACAUCGACAUGAUGGUACACUGGCAUUGGCAGAUGUGAAUCAGCAGCAGAUGGAAACAUGCUGCUGAUGGUGAUGGUGCUGAUGAUGAUGAUGAUGACCUAAAUUCAGCCGGGUCCGUCCGGGUCAGAAUACCUGAAACUAGUUGCACGCCCGGCAUACCACAUCGAGUAUACAUAUCGCUCUGGCAGUGAGUACUCCUCACGUGACUACUUCCGGGUAUGCAAACGAUCCGGAUAUUCAGUGAUAAAUUAAGCCCUGAUGGUGGUGAUGAUGGUGAUGAUUUUACAUGGUGUCAAUUUAAGAUGGUUAAUGAUUUUAAAUCAUUGGAUCAUGAUAUGAUGAGCGAGCUGAUGAUGAUGAUGAUGCUAACGUUGAUUAUGAUGACUGAGAAGUAACUAUGAUUAUUUUGCCACAACAAAACCAAGAGUGGAGGUUUUGGCAUCCGUUAUUAAUAUUAAAAUAACCCUGUAUAUGCAACAGUGCUUAGAUGUUUAUAACUUGUAAAUUAUUACAGAGCUUACGCUAUCGAUUUACGUCCAAGAUGUGUAUUGUUCAAAAUGGGCAUUUCCCACAGCCGUCACAGACGCCUCGCCCCGUCAGAGACAGAAGCGUGGCAAUUUCACAUUGCCACGAUGGGGGAAAAAAAACACAUAUCCAUCUGACGAUAUCCAUCUCACGAAUACAACCAGCUUACUCGGACAGAAGUAAUAUGAUGGUAUCGUUAUUAUUGUUGACGUUUUAUGUGGUUUUUUACUUUUAGUAAUUGCCAAGCGUGCUUGUGAGUUUUGUUUCACACGUCGGCUUUCGCAACCAAUAUCAUCCAUAAUACAGGUUUGUUUUGGGUUAGAUCGCGUAAUAUAUAAAUGUGUCGGUAAACCCGCCACUACCCGACACAGCCAAUUGGUAAGGUUUGUCACGUAAACAGCCACGCCAUUGACAAUCUGAGUACAACGUGUCACUAUUUGUAAUUACUGGCGAAACGUCGCGCUCAGAUUGUAAAUGUUGUGGCUUGGCUCUCCAACACACCGGCGUGCUGUACUAGUGACGAAUUGGCACGUUCUGUUGACGUGAAAAACCUUACUAAUUGGCUGUGCCGGGUGGUGGUGGGUUUACCGACACAACAUUUAUAACCCCAAACCCCCCAGUGUUAUGCUUGUGAGUUGUAUUGCAAUGCAUGGUGGGAAGCUUCGUGACGCUAUUCCAAUUACAAUGCCGUUCAAGUAAAGUGACAGCUGCCGUGAAAUUCGUGCUCGUCGUAGAAUCCUGAAAAUAUUGGACCUCAUGAAUCUAUCUUAAGAGCAAAGUACGCACACAUAUUUGCCGUGUUGUGUAACAUUUAGCUUACGAAUGUCUGAGCGUAACAACCGAUGGGUAUUUGUUCCGUUGGUUCCUUGCUAUCGCGUUUAUCUUUCCAGCUGACGGGUAAUCUACAACGGCAUGAGAUAUCCGCUCAGAUAUGAAUGAAAUGGUGGCUUAUGAAUGAUUUGAGUCAGAUAUACUUUAAAUCCGGCCUUGAAUCGCGUCAGUUAUGGGCACUUGUGGUCGGCCAUCAGUGUUUCGCCCUGUGGGUGGACUGGCCUUGUCAUCGGAACAUGGAAUUUCCACCGCUGGCAUCAGGCCACCAUUGGAAGUUUCACACCGAUUCACGUCCGUGUGUGCGGGGCGAUUCUCUGUCGUUUUGAAUUUUUUUGGUUUUAAAACGCGGCUCACAAAUAAUAAACCCAUCAUUGCACAGCUGUGCCUACUACGACCUUGAAAACACCUUUAAAAUGUUUACGUGACCACCACCCGCAACUACUCCGCGUGCGUGUGCGUGUGUGCGCGUGUGUGUGCGUGUGUACGUGUGUGUGUGCGUGCGUGUACGUGUGUGUGUGUGCGUGUGUGUGUGCGUGUGUGUGUGUGCGUGUGUGUGCGCGUGUGCGUGUGUGUGUGCGUGCGUGUGUGCGUGAGUGUGUGCGUGCGCGUGUGCGUGUGUGCGUGUGCGCGUGUGCGUGUGUGCGUGUGCGCGUGUGUGCGUGUGUGCGUGCGUGUGCGUGUGUGCGUGUGCGCGUGUGUGUGUGUGUGCGUGUGUGUGCGUGUGUGCGUGCGCGUGUGUGUGUGUGUGCGCGUGUGUGUGUGUGUGCGUGUGUGCGUGUGUGCGUGUGCGCGUGUGUGUGUGUGCGUGUGUGUGUGCGUGUGUGUGUGCGUGCGCGUGUGUGUGUGCGUGUGUGUGCGUGUGUGUGUGCGUGCGCGUGUGUGUGUGUGCGCGUGUGUGUGCGUGUGUGCGGCCAGCCCGCGACGCGGUGACAUCUGCAACCCAGCGCCUUGUGAACCCGGCAGCUUUUAUAAACUUAAUCCCCCCCCCCCCCUUUGUUGUUUUGUUUGCUUUAAAGGGGAAAAAACUCUGUUCCGCAUCAAAGCGAAUGUUUAAUGUGCGAAUGCAAAAUUGCCCCCCCCCCCCUCCGUAUUGCUCGACAUUUCCCCACGCUUCACUUUGUGCAUUAUUGAUGGGCGGGCGUUCUCAUCAUAUUUGUUCUUGUUAAGUGGGGGGCGUGGAGGAGGGGGGGCGUUCCAUUUUUGACCCCCCCCCCGACAAAUACAAAGAGGCUCCACGUGCCGUCCGUCGUCGGUGUAUGUCAAGAGAGGGGGUUUAGAUCGUCAACAACAACAACGGCGAUGGGUAAACAGCCCGGCUGGUGCCACAUCGCCACCCGCUCGUCGCGUGGGGGAAGCUUUCACGCCGUGGGCGCAGUGAAAGGGGUCCCUCGGUCGCGCACAGGGGGUCGCGGCGUGGCGGAGAGAGGAAAUGCGCCUCAAGAUGACACACAGAGAGAGAGAGACUCCCCCCCGCCCCCCUCUGGGGAUUUAAACGUUUGUAACGAUGUCGAGUUAUGCAAUAAAACUCCCCCGUGUCACUGUU